AUGGCCAAGAUCUACGCCGACACAAUGUUCAUGCCUCUAUCAGGUGGCUACAAGUACAUAGUUCAUGCAAGAUGCUCGGUAACACACUUCGUCGAAGCUAUCGCGCUCAAACGAGAAACUGGCCGUGCAAUCACCAAGUUCAUGUUCGAGGAGCUCUUAUAUCGCUAUGGUGCUCUCACCGAAAUCGUCACCGACAACGGCAAACCUUUCAUCAAGGCACUUGAGAGCUUGCACGACGACUUCAAGGUGCCUGUUCAUCAUAUCCGCAUAUCUGACUACAACUCCCGUGCCAAUGGUAUCGUAGAGCGGUCGCAUUUUGAUCUCCGACAGUCUCUUUUCAAAGCAGCUCACGGCAAUGAGAACAAGUGGCACCGUCAUUUGUAUUCGGUACUCUGGGCCGACCGCGUUACCGUCCGACAUCGCAUGGGCUGCUCUCCAUAUUUUGCGCUUACCGGCACCCAUCCGAUACUCCCGCUCGAUGUUGCAGAGGCAACUUAUCUCCAGCCGCCACCGACCUCUUUCCCGAUCUCCACCGCCGAUCUGAUUGCCCGCCGUUCACUGGAUCUUCUCAAGCGUCACGAAGACCUCGCUCGUAUUCAUUACAACGUCUAUAAGGCCCGUAUAGAGGCUGCUUGCCGGUUCGAGGCUGAACAUGCUGCGACUAUACACGACUACGACUUUAAGGCUGGAUCUCUCAUGCUCAUGAGGAACACGCACUAUGAUAAGGGGCUCAAGAACAAGACCCGUUCACGCUAUCUCGGUCUGCUUGUCAUCAUCUCGAGGAACCGCAGCGGAGCUUACAUCGUCUGUGAAUUGGGUGGCUCGGUACACCAUUGCCCUAUCGCCGUGUUUCGCCUGAUCCCAUACUUUGCUCAACAGUUGAUCACUCUGCCCAACCUAGACGGCUUGCUGGACAUCUCAAUGGCACGAUUGCGUGAGAUGGAGGACUCGGACAAAGCUGACGACGACGAUGAGGGUGAUGGUGAGGGCCUGGUAGAUGAAGAGCUGAACAACUAG